UCCUGUUAACUCGCUCACUCCGUACCCUAUAUACCAGGCAGAGAGUCACUUAUGUAUCGCAUCGUCCCAUUAUUCGAGACACUCUUGUCGUGAUGUUUGCCAGGCCGUAUGUGUGCUCGGCUUGCAGGAAGUCAACAGUAUUUGGCGUCCUCCGGCAGCCCCGAAAUCAGCACCUACACGCAUCGCCGCCGCUUGGUCUCCCUCGUCGGAAGGACUUCUUCAGCUCGAAUGCUUACUUGAAGCAAGAACGAUCGCAAGGAGACAGUGAAGCUGCCCAAUCGGAGCUCGAAACGCAGAAGCAGAGACGCAAAGCUUCCCGGACGCCCGCAACGAAGACUUCUUUGCGCCGGGUUGCGGUAGAGGCACAACGAUCGAGAGAUGGGAUACUAUCGAAAGCUCAGCUCUCUGAAAAGGGCCUGUAUAAGACCAAGAUCGUAACUGCGUAUGCGGUAGCAGAACAGUUUAAUAUCUCCAAGGUCGUUGAUAUUCUACAAGAAAAGGGAUAUGAACCGGACCCCUUUGACACUGGCUUGUAUCCUCAAGUUGUCCAUAUCCAGGUGCCUCUAGAUUCUCUCCGUCGCAUCAGCAAUCCCUCGGGUACAGAUCUCUCCCCUGACGAAGCCGGCGAUGUGUUCAUAUUUCCCUCUGGAACUGUCGUUUCGUGGUCACUACCAGAAGGGUUCACUUCAUAUUUUGCAACGCGAACGUUGCUUCCUGCAGCGGAAGGGCCGCAUAUCGAUGAUCUCGAAACCGAGGAUCUUGAAUACGUGGAGGAUCCGCAACGAGAGAACAGCACGAUCAAGGGUGACACCAUCAUUCUCGGGACAAAGUCUGUGGCGCAAGAUCGAAAUUCGGAUGCUCCGGUACGCCAGUCGGUGGAUACGGUAUUGACAAAGAUUGCAUUCUCAUCGGGCCUUGCUCGGAGUACGAAGCUUGCCGUUCUGGAAAGCCUGCUUUCUAAUUACUUCGAAUCAACACGGACUAUCCCAACACUUCUAUCCAAUGGAUCGCGACUACCAUUCACUCGCGAUUUCAUCCUGCGCAAGACGGGCCAGCUUCUCAGUGUGCGAGCGCAGCUCAAUCUUUACUCAGAACUCACGGACUCUCUCCCUGACAUAUUCUGGGAUAGUCGCCAUGAGCUCGGUCUUGAGGGAUAUUACGAGCAAGUGGGACGUGCUCUGGACGUGGGUAUCCGGAUUAAGGUCUUGAACGAAAAGAUGGACUACGCGCAGGAGAUCGCAAGUGUGCUCCGAGAGAGACUCAGCGAAAAGCACGGUCUCAGACUGGAAUGGAUUAUUAUCCUUCUCAUUGCAGUAGAGGUAGGGUUCGAGGUAUUGAGGCUAUGGAAAGAGAGAAAACAUGAGAUAGAAGCACGGGCGCAAAAGGAGCGAGAACAGUCGGAGUCCGAGUCCGCUAUUACUAGACUAUAGACGGGCACCGCUUUGCUCCCAUUCCAAGGAUGAAGAGGAUGCCUAUAUCACUAUUUACGAUACCCUGAGGCCCAGGCUUUUUAUUUGCCUGGGAACUCGAAACUGUUUAUUGAAACAUCUUCAUGCUUUGUUGCGGACAAGAGCAUGCCGCAGCUGUGGAAAUCUCAAGGCUGUAUCAAUAGCCUCUCCGCUAGUUUAACAAAUAAGCCUAUCAAGCGCAACAUCUCCGC